GAGUGCAACCGGCCCCAUGCCCCCCACGCACCCAUCAAGUUCUCGGAGAAGUUCCAGCGCUACAGCGCCUUCUCCCUGGGGUACGAGUUCCACGUGGGGCAGGAGUACUAUUACAUCUCCACGCCCACGCAGCACCACGGCCGUACCUGCCUCAGGAUGAAGGUGUACGUCUGCUGCUCUACCACCUCACAUCUGGAGGAUGACAAACAGUACCCGACACGGCCCAGCUUCACUCUCACACCCGACGACAUCAAGAUCGAGGACAUUGAUGAUCUCAACCCAGAGAUUCCCAAGCUGGAGAAGAGUAUAAGUGGAAGCAGCCCGUCCCGGGCACACCUCUGUGCCACAGUGUCCACGCUCUUCCUGUUCGCUCUCUCAGUGUCCUAGCGGGGCUGUCACACGUCGAACACACGCCAAGCACAGGGGAGGGGGGCCUCGCUGCGAAGGAACAGCCACGAAACACACACACACACAGACAUAACGACACACACAAAGAAAACCCCACAGUCUAAUCAUCCCACGACAGCCUUCCAGCACCGCUGUGGCAAAUGCAGAGCAACAUUGCAAGGAUUAUGAAAGGAGGAAAAAAAGGACAGCUGGAACUUUGGAAAGAACAAGAAACAAGAAUCGCAAGAGAAUCUCAGCGAGCGAUGUUUCGACUCGCAGUCUUUCUCGAAUGACCGGGCGGGAUUGAGACAGACAGACAGACAGACUCACAGACCCCCUCUCCGACACGGGGAGAGACGAGAGCCUGAAAAACAAGGGGAAACGAUUCGAAAAAAAAAAAAAAAAAAAAAACAAGGAAGCCUGGGUCCCAGGAUCCGACCAGAAAGAAACACUGGGAAAGAAAAAUACAUUUAUAAAAAUUGAAAAAGGAAUCAUGAUUUAAAAAAAAAAAAAAUCUGCAGAACACAAUCAAACAGAGAAAGUUUAUUAUUAUUACAGAAAUACGAGAAGGGGUUCCUAGCUGUUUCUGUGAGGCUCAAGGAGAUUGAUUCAGCGGAGUAUUUUAACCCAUUAGAUGCCAUUGUCUUCAUUUGAAAACGGGCGAUUUUAAUUCUCUAAGUUUAUUGUUAUGAUAACUGACUCUGAAUUUGUUAAGUGCUGAAGUGAAGUCUGAAAGGAAUGGUUAAUAAUUCUGCAAACACAUCCCUUCAGCUGCUUUUAUUCAUGAUGCCUCAAUAUAGAACUGAGAAACUGGAGCUUCAGAAUUAUCAGUUCCUUGGUGUGUAUUUUCCCCCCCCUCACAGUGAUGAUAAAACGGCUCAAUUUUCUUUGUGUUGAGAUUCACAGCCGGCAUGAAAUUUCGCUGCUCUGAAUAAAGGAAACGCGUUGACCUCACUCGACUGUCCCUCGAAAACAGGACGCGGCCGUUUGUAGCCAAAACGAAGGAUUGACGUUGUUUUCUGGGAAGAAAUGUUGAUUUAGAAUGUAUCAGAUUGAUUUGUUAAAUGAAAUCACUGUUUAAACUGUGCUGUGCGGAGCUCAGUGUGUGAGAGAGAGGAUAUAGUAUAGUAUAGAGAGAAUACGGUACAGGGUUAUUAUAAUUUAUAUAUAUAAUUUAAACAACAUAGUUAAACAGCUCAUUUCAAUGGGAUUUCUGACUUCUAUAACUGCUAAUAUAUUAUAAAGACAUUUCAGAGGGCUGGAUCACAGAACGGUCAGGGUCUAGUGCUGUAUAUUAUAAAGAGAUUGUGUUCAAUACUUAACAUUCUGGUUAAUUUCUUGGCCCAUGGCUAUUUUUUUCUUUUUAGCCAGUCAAGUUAGCCCAUAUAUAUAUAUAU